GCCUUAGAUUAUGUACCACAAUUCUUUACAAGCUAGAACUUGUUUUAGUAAGGGACAAAACUAAAUAUCUUUGGUUUUAUGCUAUGUCAUGUUGUUGUUGGUGUAGAAUCGUUUGUUAUUAAUUUUAGAGUGAAAAUUAGUAUUUAUUUUUAAACUAGAGGAAAGUCUCUUGAUACUUCCAUAAUCAUUGUGUUUACUCGUGUUUUCCAUUACGAUCUUGGUUGCUGCUUUGGGUAAAAAUGCGUUAAAAAUGUAAAUAAUAAACAGGUCUAAAUCCACUGUUUUCAAUGGGAAAUGCUGGGAGUGGAGCAGCGAGAGAUAGACACAAAGGUGAUGUACCACCUUCUUCCCCGGGAAAAGAAGGUGGCCAGGCGUUUGUUUUUCAUAAGAAGCCAGUCACGAAACUAGUUUUCCAGUCAUCCCAUGAAGAAGAAGAGCCAUAUUUUACGAAAGAACAUGCCCAGGAGGGGAAGGAGGGGGAAGAGCAGCUGGCCCCCAGGCAGCGCUCUGCUACAGUGUCGGAGGGCUCCAAGGUGGAGUCCAAGGUGAUCCCAACAGUGUUCAAGUGGGAAGGCGGUGGCAAGCAGGUUCUCAUCAGUGGCACCUUCUCUGACUGGAAGACCCUGCCCAUGGUCAAGAGUCACGGGGACUUUGUGACGAUCAUAGACCUGCCUGAGGGGGAGCAUCAGUACAAGUUCUUUGUGGACGGCGAGUGGAGGCAUGACCCUGGCGUGCGCAUCAUCGACAACGGCAUGGGGUCCAAGAACAACCUGGUGUCGGUGAAGGACUCGGACUUUGAAGUGUUCCAGGCUCUUGCCAUAGACAGCGAGAGUGUGAGCGGCCACCAGCAGAAUGAGUACUCACAGGAGAUUCCUGCCAACAAGCCGUGGGAGAAAGUUGCAGGUCCGCCAAUCCUGCCACCGCACUUGCUGCAGGUGAUCCUCAACAAGGACACGCCUCUCUCGUGUGAGCCUACGUUACUUCCGGAGCCAAACCACGUGAUGCUCAACCACCUGUACGCACUGUCCAUCAAGGACGGCGUGAUGGUACUGAGUGCCAUUCACCGCUACCGCAAGAAGUACGUCACCACGCUGCUCUACAAGCCCAUCUGACCACUCACCGUGUCUCUCUUCCAUCGCUACCGCAAGAAGUACACCACGCUGUUCUACAAGUCCAUAUGACCACCCAUCAUGUGUCUCUUUCACAUGUAGUCCAUAUUGUAUUAUCAUUAUGUCUCUCUGAACACAUGCACAUUAGAAAUUGCAUGAUAAAACUGCUCAUUCAGGAGGCAUUUUUGGAGGACAAAUGUAGGAAAUAUUUCGAAAGAGUCAAUGUUAAUCACAUAAAGCUUGUCUCAUGUAAUUUUGCUUAGUAUAGACAGUUACGUAGGGAAGAAGUGCACAGUUAAACACACUCUUCAUAUGCCUAUUAUUGUUUCUAAACAGAAUGUGUGGGUCUGGUGUCAUUGUGUUUCUAUUUGAUUUUGAUAUGUUAAGUCCUCCUCUUUAUUUAUUUAUUUUUUCAUAUCAAAUAUAAAACUAACCUUCGAAUGAGCUGAAUUGUGACCUCUAAACUCUUAUUUAGAGAUGGGCUGAGACUUGAAAACUUGAGCUGAGUCAAUCGAGUAGCUAAAUCUCAACUGGACUUGAAAGUCGAGUUCAUGGUACUCAACAGGACGAGACUCGUCAGUCUUUUUCUCUUAUCUCGACACAGAGUUGACUUGCAACAAGCAUUAAAGUCACGUACCAUUAUCUUGCAAACACUUCACAGCAAAACCUCGUAUUUACGUACUUGUAAUUUUGUUUAAUUUUACUUAAUUAAACUGCCCAAAAAAGUGUAACGUUAUAGAUUUUCAUGUUUCAAAACACUAGAAAAGACACAUUUUUACAACAUGACUUCACUCUAAUGCCUUUUUUUUUUAUGAAUGCUUCAUAUAACAUUUCAAAAUAUCUUAAUAUUUAAGUUUUGGGAAUAUGGUCAAUCUUUGUUAAGCAGAAAAUGGCAAAAGUAAGUGAGGAAUAGUACUGAGUUUAUAUUCUGUUUGUAUGCAUUUUUCAUUUUAGUAAAGCCAGAAUUACAAUAAACUGCCUGUGUCUAUCAAAUGAUAACCUGCAGCUAAUAAGAUGUCCUAAAUAUUUUAUCAGUCAUUUCUUCAAAAGUUUGGUAUCUUCGUAUUUUUGAUAGUUAAAUGGAUGAAAUGAAAUUAUAACCUCCAGUUGUCUACAUUUUUUUCGCACGUCAAAUAUUAUAUUACAAGACUGAAAUUUGUUUACUAAGUACAGAGCAUACUAAUCUGGUUAUACAAGACAAGUUUUCUCCAAAAUUUAAGUUUUAUUUACAGUAAGCAGCAUUGAAUUGAAAAAUAUUGUAAUGGACGAGCGGAAUAUUGUAAAUCGCUCUGCAGCUGACGGUUGGAUGAGGUGGUGUUAUUCUGGCCUAAGGUUGUAGAUUAACCCCUAUAUUUUAGGUCAUUUUUAUUACUACGUUUAAAAAAAACUUGUAGAAGAUAGCCGAUUCUUUAAAGAAAAAAUCCAAAAAUUAUAUUUCUAGUUACCUACUUAUGUUCCUAGAUUUCGAAAGGGUCUUUUUAAAAUCCAAUUGUUGCUGAAAAGAAUUAAAUUAUGUAAGAAAUUAAUUUUGAAGGAAAUAAAUUAAAAAAUUA